AUGUGGAAUGUCCGGGGGCUGAAUAAGAGAGACCAUCAGCUCGCAGUUAAGGACCUCGUCUCGGAACACAGGUUACAUUUUAUGGGCAUAUUAGAAACUCGUGUUCAAUAUAACAAUAUUAUGCAUAUUCAGUCGUUUUUGCUCCCUCAUUGGAAAUGGUUUGUUGAUUAUGUGUCUGUGGGUAACCGUAUUUGGGUAACAUGGGAUGACAAUGUUGUUGAUGUUCAUAUUCUUGAAUUGGGGAAUGAAUUUGUGCAUCGUCGCGUCAGUAAUAGGGCUGAUAGUGAAUCCCUCACUAUCACCGUUGUUUAUGGUGCGUCUGAGAUGAUUGAUCGUAGGAGUUUAUGGAAUACUUUGGAAACAUUGUCCCGGGAGCAAAGGGAUGAUCCCUGGCUGGUGGGGGGGGAUUUCAAUGCAGUUCGAGAAAUGAAUGAGGUGUGUGGAGUUUCUGGUGAUAUAAGGACGACCAUGGAAGAAUUCAAUGCUGCUAUCCAGGAGGCCGGGUUAAUACCAUUGCCCAUGCAGGGUGAAUGUGUGCAGAAUAUCUGGCAACAUUCUAUUAUUGGGGUUCCUAUGUUUGCGGUAACACGUAAACUUAAAGCACUAAAGCCGGUCUUCAGGGAACAAAGGAGAAAGAAGGGGGAUUUAACACUCAAUGUUCAAUUAGCCAAAGGAUUUCUUGAUGAGGCGCAACAGCUGGUGAGGAAUGAUAGACAGAAUGAGGCACUUUUACAGCUAGAACACUGUUGCCGACUGGUUUAUGCAAAAGCGAGAAGAGUGGCGAUUAUGGAACAGAUCAAUGAUGAUUAUGGAACAAGCCACACAGAACCAGGAGAGAUCAUCAAUGAAUUUGUCCAUUGCUACCAAAACCCCUUGGGCGGUAACAGAAGACAGAUACUUAUAGAUAUUGGAUUUCUCAGACCGUGGGCUAGGCAUAUUCUUUCUAAUGAAGAGGCUAGCCAUCUUAUUUCGACUUUCACUCCGGAUGAUGUGAAGCAAGCGGUUUUUGAUAUAGCAGAAGACAAGGCACCAGGCCCUGAUGGGUAUUCAUCUGGCUUCUUUAAAGCAGCAUGGCCAGUGGUGGGACAAGAAGUUACAAAGGCGGUACUAGACUUCUUUAGAACCGGCAAAUUACUCAAGCAAGUCAACUCCACAAGUUUGGCUCUAAUCCCAAAGGAAUUGUUCACAGGAUAUAAUCAGAUGAGGCUACCACCUCGGUGUGCCCUGAAAGUUGAUAUUAGGAAGGCCUACGAUACGGUGGAGUGGGACUUCCUACUAGCAGUCUUGCAAUUGUUUGGCUUCCCACAAACAUUCACAAAGUGGAUUGAAGAGAUAUGCAAUUCAUUUACCAUUGGAAAUGUGAGUCGGCCAAAGUAUUCCAGCUGGGAUUCGCUGAUGACCUCCUGCUUUUCUGUAGAGCUGACUUGGACUCUCUCAGAGUCCUCAAGAUGGGAUUGGAUCGAUUUGCAGAAUGGUCUGGACUUCGGCUGA